AUGGACAAAGGCCAGCGUCCAACAAAGAGAUCCAGAAUCCAACUUGAACCUGACUCGGCGCAGUCCACCUCAACGUUCGCUGGCCGAAGGCUGAGCGAUCCAGACUCGUCCGACGAGACCUUGUCCCAGUCUUCUGCACCCGACAAUGUCCUCGCUCCGAUCCGACCAUCCCGUGCCCCUCACUCUUGGAGUCUACCCAGCAUUCACUCGACGCACGAUGCGUAUUCGGUGCCCCACGGCCCAUACCGAGCGGACGAAGAAGCGACUCCACGCCGAUCUUCGACACUGUCACUCUCGAGCCUCAUGAACCCAUGCGGCUGCCGCAGCACCGGCUCAUGCACCACCUGCUCCGAGCAGCGACGUCGUCGAGCCCCCGUCUCACCAAAGCAGCUCAGCAGCGCGCUGAAUGAGUGCGACCCCGUCAUCUGCUCUUCGUCGAAGUCUCCUCAGCAACACGCGUCACCGCCUGCAUCAACCUCAACGCAGCUUGAGUCGUCAAAAGCCAGCACAAGCAGCUGCUGCACCGGCAAAGGCGCCCUCACCUCUGCUGCGCCAAGCAUCGAGCUUCUCCUGCGCGCUGUCGAUAUGACGACCGACUUUGUCCCUCCUCCUUGCGCUUGCGGUCAGGGCUGUCGAUGCUCGCGAUGUCUGGCCAAGCAACGUGCGUCCUCCCCUGUCGGCCGCAGCGACGGGCCACAUUCGGGGCAUCGCGCAUCGAGCACCAUUACAUCCUCCUCCGUCAGCCCGCGAACUCCACCCGCGACGCUCGCCGCCCAGCCUACCUCGUCUGCGCCCGGCUGUGACGACUGUGCCGCGUGCGACCUCGCCCUCGAACGUCCCUCGGGUAUCGGCGCGGUGGACAGCUGGAUGGAUAAGCAGCGCGCGUCGCCCCCACGACGCCGCUCGCCGCCCAUAGAGGUCAGCCCUGCACAAGCCUCCGUACCGACGCUGCACGGCGGACUCGUCACUUCCGAAGCGGGGUUGGUGGAUGGUGUGCACGCCGAGCUGGUGCUGGUGCAUCCAAAGUGUGCGGCUUGUCUCGAGGUCGUCAGAAGCAAAGGCGUGGGCGUGCUCAGUAGCGGUCUUGGCGCCAAGUGA